CUUUGUAAUGUUCGUCUUCUGACACGGUAGAAAGCGUACUCGGUUGCCAAGAUCGAGCAUCCGGAGGUCAUGGAUGAGAACGGAAGGCAAAAGGUUGGCGGUCUCAUGGACCCCAAGAUGGGAAGUAAGUGGCAAGCUACCGACGCAUUGCUCGGGAGCUUACCAUGCACUAGCUAUCGACCGUAACUUCAAGUGCCAGACAUGUCUUGAAGGCAUGGCCGAGUGCCCAGGUCACUUUGGCCAUAUCGAGCUUGCGCGUCCAGUGUUUCAUGCCGGCUUCAUUGUCAAGGUCAAGAAGAUACUGGAGUGCGUGUGCUACAGCUGCGGCAAACUCAAAGUCGACCUCCGCGACCCACAGGUUUAUACAGUGACGAAGCGCAUCAAGCCCCAGCACCGCCUCAAAGCCAUCUGGCAGAUUGCUCGCCCGAAAGGAGUAUGUGAGGCCGACGAUCUGAGUGAGGAGAAUGGCGAUGCGACCAACGAGGACGUCUACAUGGACGAGAACCGCGCCGCCAAGCCAAAGGGCCACGGUGGAUGCGGCUUCGACCAACCGCAGUAUCGCAAGGAAGGCCUGAAGCUUAUCGGUGUAUUCAAGCCUAAUAAAGACAAAGACGAGGCUGGCGCAGAACCCGAACGCCGCAAUAUUUCAGCUGCUGAGUGCCUCAAUAUUCUAAAGAAGAUUCCCGAUGAGGAUCUCAACAUCAUGGGGCUCAACGCAGAGUACGCGCGCCCCGACUGGAUGAUCCUCACGGUCCUCCCUGUACCUCCCGCGGCCGUGCGCCCCUCCAUUUCCGUGGACGGAGGGGCUAUGCGCAGCGAGGAUGAUCUGACAUAUAAACUCGGCGAGAUUCUCAAGGCCAGCGCCAACGUACGCAAGCUCGAGUCGGAAGGUGUUCCACCGAGUGUCGUCAACGAGCACUUCGAUCUCCUCCAGUUCCACGUUGCAACGUACAUGGAUAACGACAUCGCAGGCAUCCCGCAGGCACUGCAGAAGUCGGGCCGUCCUGUCAAGGCCAUCCGCGCUCGACUCAAGGGCAAGGAGGGUCGUCUCCGCGGCAACCUCAUGGGCAAGCGCGUCGACUUCUCCGCGCGUACAGUUAUUACUGGUGACCCCAACAUUCAGUUGGACGAGGUCGGUGUACCGCGCUCCAUCGCUAUGACCUUGACAUAUCCCGAACGCGUCACGCCAUACAACAUCGUGCAGCUUCAGGGUCUGAUCAACAACGGUCCAGCGACGUACCCCGGCGCGCGCUACUAUGUCAAGGACACCGGUGAACGUGUUGACUUGAAGUACCGCAAGUCUGGCGAGCCGAUCAGUUUGCAGUUCGGCUGGAUCGUUGAGCGUCAUCUGAAGACGGGCGACUUCGUGCUCUUCAACCGUCAACCGUCGCUUCACAAGAUGUCCAUGAUGUGCCACCGCGUGCGCGUAAUGAACUAUUCGACUUUCCGUCUCAACCUCUCGGUGACGUCGCCUUAUAACGCCGACUUCGACGGUGACGAGAUGAACUUGCAUGUCCCUCAGUCAGAGGAGACGCGUGCCGAGUUGAGCCAAAUUGCGUGGGUUCCGCGUCAAAUCAUCUCGCCGCAGGCCAACAAGCCGGUCAUGGGCAUCGUCCAGGACACGCUUUGUGGUAUCCGCAAGUUCACUUUGCGCGACAAUUUCUGCGAUUGGGCGCUCGUCCAGAAUAUCCUCUUGUGGCUGCCCGGCUGGGAUGGCACAAUCCCCCCUCCGGCCAUCAUCAAGCCCAAGCCCAUGUGGUCUGGCAAGCAGCUCGUCUCAAUGUGCAUUCCUAAGGGCGUCAAUAUUGAGAAGAAGAACAGCGAGAAGCCGAGCGAGAUCGAUGUCACCGACGAAAACGUUCUUGUCGACGACGGCGAGCUAAUUUACGGGGCGAUCAUCAAGAACAUGGCCGGCGCAUCCGCGGACGGUUUAGUCCACGUCAUCUUCCGCGAGCAUGGUCAUGUUGCGGCCCGCGACUUCUUUUCAGCGGUCCAGAUGAUGAUCAAUUACUGGCUCCUGCACAAUGGUUUCUCCAUCGGUAUUGGUGACACAAUUGCCGACCGCGCAACCAUGGCUGGCAUUAACGGCCGUCUCGUUGAGGCAAAGGACACUGUGCAAGGAUUCAUCGCUCGCGCUGAGGCCAACGACAUGAAGCCCAAGCCCGGUAUGACGAUUCGUGAAACGCUGGAGGCGGAGGUUUCCAACGAGCUCAACAAGGCUCGUGACUGGGCCGGUAAAUCGGCGCAGAGCAACAUCAAGGAGGACAAUAAUGUGAAGCAGAUGGUCGUGUCUGGAUCCAAGGGUUCAUUCAUCAACAUCUCGCAAAUGUCCGCCUGUGUAGGACAACAAAUUGUGGAAGGCAAGCGUAUUCCAUUCGGCUUCCGCCACCGCACAUUGCCGCAUUUUUCCAAGGACGAUUACGGGCCAGAGUCGCGUGGCUUCGUCGAGAACUCGUACCUCCGUGGCCUGACGCCCCAAGAGUUCUUCUUCCACGCCAUGGGUGGUCGUGAAGGUUUGAUCGACACGGCCGUCAAGACCGCUGAGACCGGUUACAUCCAGCGCCGCCUGGUCAAGGCCAUGGAGGAUCUGAAGGUUGGGUACGACGGCACUGUCCGCAACUCCUCCGGCGACAUUAUCCAAUUCCUCUACGGAGAGGAUGGCAUGGACGGUUCCAUGGUGGAGAAUCAGUCCCUGGACAUUGUUCGCCUUAGUGAUGAGGCAUUUGACCGGAAGUACAAGCUUGACGUGCUCAGUGGCGGCAAGCUGGGCUUCAAGCCCAAGACGCUGCAGGCGGGUAUCGACUCGUCAUCGAUUGGGCUGCAAGACGUUCUGGAUCAGGAGUACCACACAAUCUUGGCCGACCGCCAGUUCCUGCGCACGGAGGUCAUCACCAAUGGCGACGCUAAGAAGCCUUUACCGGUCAAGAUUGCGCGUAUCAUCCUGAACGCGCAGCAGCAGUUCAACAUCGACCCUCGCGCCCCUAGUGACCUGGAUCCCGUUUACAUCAACGAACGGCGACAGGCACUUUUGGAUAACCUCAUCGUCGUCCGUGGCACAGACCCCAUUUCGCUUGAGGCGCAGCGAAACUCGACCAGAUUGCUGUUCGCCCUCUUGCGCUCAUAUCUGUCCACCAAGCGCGUGCUUGAGGAGUAUCAUCUCACUCGUGCGGCGUUCGACUGGGUCGUGGGAGAGGUCGAGGUCAACUUUAACAAGUCGCUCAUCAAUGCGGCCGAAAUGGUUGGCACGCUUGCAGCUCAGUCGAUUGGUGAGCCGGCUACGCAGAUGACCCUCAACACCUUCCAUUACGCUGGUGUGUCCAGUAAGAGUGCAACGGGUGGUGUCCCUCGUCUCAAGGAGGUCAUCAACGUCGCCGUUAACAUCCGCACACCCGGCCUCAACGUCUACCUUGACGAGGAGUACAGCCGCGACGAGAAGUCGGCGCACCAGAUCUCCAGUCAGCUCGUGCACACACGUCUCCGCGACGUCACGGCAUCGGUCGAGAUCUUCUAUGACCCAGAUGUGGAGUCGACGGCGAUUGAAGAGGACAAGGAUUUCGUCGACGCUUGGUUCGCAAUUCCUGACGAGGAGGUCAAUCCCCAGAACCACUCGCCAUGGCUCCUGCGUCUUGAGCUCGACCGUGCCAAGGUCAAGAACGGCAACUGGACGAUGGAGGGGAUCGUGUCGUCUAUCAUGGACACUGUUGGCAGCGAUGUGUUUGUGCUACACUCGGACGACAACAACGAGAAGCUUGUCAUCCGCAUUCGUAUUGUCAACAACAACAAAGAGGAGGACGAUUUGUUGGGCGACGAGGAUAUGUUCCUCAAGCGUAUCGAGGGCACGCUGCUUGACCAGGUCGAGCUGGGAGGCAUCCCAGGCAUUCGUCGUGUGUUCCUGUCCAAAGGCAAGAAGAACAUCAUCAACGAGAAGGGCGAGUUCGCGAUCAAGGAGGAGUGGUUCAUUGAGACGGAGGGCAUCAACCUUCUACAGGUUAUGGCCGUGCCGGGUGUCGACGCUAAUCGUACGUACUCGAACCACGUCUACGAGGUUUGGGAGAAGCUCGGCAUUGAGGCUGGUCGCAAUGGCCUGUACGCCGAGAUUCUGAACGUGCUCGACAAGGCUGGUUCGUACGUCAACUACCGCCACACAGCGCUUCUCUGCGACCUGAUGUGCAACAAGGGUAAUCUCAUGUCUAUCACUCGUCACGGUAUCAAUCGUACCGAUGCGGGUGCGCUCUCGCGCUGCUCAUUCGAGGAGACUGUUGAGAUUCUGCUCGAGGCCGCCGCCGUGGGCGACGUCGACGACUGCCGCGGGGUAGCCGAGAAUGUCCUGCUCGGCCAGAUGGCGCCCAUGGGCACUGGCGCGUUUGAUGUGUCGCUCGACUUGGGCAUGUUGAAGGACGUGAUCGUCGAUCACCGUCUGCCGGUCCAGAACAUGAUGCUUGCGAGCAACAUGGGCGGCAUGACCCCAGGAGGCAACAUGACGCCUUACGACAACUUCUCUCCCAUGUGGAACGGCGGUGGUGCGGUGGGCGCUGCGGCGUUCUCCCCCAUCCAAAAGAGCAACAACGACGAAGGUGGUGGCUACGCAAUGGGCUACGGCAUGUCUCCCAUGGCAGGCAUGUCGCCGUACGCGCCGACGUCGCCCAUGCCCGGGUGGUCGCCCACCUCGCCAUUCGCCGUCACCAGCCCGUCGUACUCUCCGACCUCGCCGUUCGCGGGCGGCGCGACGUCUCCAUGGGUGCCGCGCGGAGCUGGCGGCUACGGCGCUACGAGCCCGAUGUACUCGCCCUCGUCGCCGCAGUACUCGCCGACGUCGCCAUCAUUCUCUCCUUCGUCGCCGACGUUCUCCCCUUCAUCCCCAACGUUCUCACCUGCUUCUCCAGCGUACGGCGGGGGCGCGACUUCCUACUCCCCGGCUUCGCCGGCAUACAGCCCCACCUCGCCGAUGGGCAACGCGACAUCCCCUCGCUACUCGCCCACGUCGCCAACGUACUCCCCGGCCUCGCCAGCCUUCUCUCCCACGUCGCCCGCAUACUCGCCCACGAGCCCGCAGCCCUUCUCGGCGACAUCGCCGAAGUACUCGCCGACUUCCCCACAGUUCUCCCCCACGUCCCCGACGUACAGCCCAGCCUCGCCGGCGUACAGCCCCACGUCGCCGCAGUACUCCCCAGCCUCGCCGGCAUACUCACCGACGUCGCCGCAGUACUCCCCUACCUCUCCGGGAGGCGCAGCAGGUGGCCCGCCGGGUCGCCCGAACGGUCGCUCGGGCUGGGGCUCGAGCCGCGGAGGCUACGCGUCGAGCCCGAGCUGGAGCAAGCGCGAGUAAGCCACACGUAUUGAUGUGCCGCGGCAGGGCGCUGAGAGGACCCGUGCGGAAUCCCUCAGCCGGCUUUCUACUGGCGUGUUGGUGAAAGGAGUGUGUUUCGACUGGUCAUUGAGGAUGGUGAGGCUGUGCGAGGAUUGAGAGACCAACAUCGAUUUAGAAAUGGACGCAUCGCGUCCGCCAUUUGCAUGGGCUGCGGCCCCUAGUAUCCUGUACGCUGUAACAAUGCAUCGGUGCAGCAUAAGCGCCGGGCAUGGGAGAGGGGGUAACUCACGCUGAGACGGCCAAGUGGCGAAAGAAGGGGCAACGUCGA